GAUCAUUGAUCAUAGAUCAGAGCAUGAUUUUAUUGCCUAAGGUUCAGAGUGUGGUAAAUAUGUUCAGCUGUAUUCAAGUAUUUGUUCUGAUUACAUUACUUAUGAUCAAAAACUAGGAACCAGGUCACCAACAGCAGACAAAGCAGCAGCUUAUAUUACUGACUAGUCCGUCAGCCCAGCCCAGCUCAGCUCAGCGUGCAGCGCAGACAGAUGGUUCAGUCUACGUUGUGCUGCAGCUUCACGGGAAAGGACACACCCUCCGGUCCUUGUGGUCCUUAGUGAGAUCAGACAACCUCGUUAAUUAUCUGGACUGACCUCAGUGUCUCAAACUGGCGUUAAUCUGGCCGCUGCUGCCUGCACAGAGGAUACCUGUGUGAGUCUGUGCACGUCUCCCCAACAUGAAGAAACAAGUGACAUUUGCAGAGAGUCGGAUGAUCCGCAGACUCUAUCAGGAUGACACUUUGCCAAGGACUGCAGAGACGAAUGAGACAAAAGGGGCUUUAAAAGAUACCUGCAUGAACUUCAACAGCAGUGUGAAAGCCAACAGACAGCCAGCAGUGAGAUGCGAACACGAGGCGCCCAUACAGAUCCCCCAAACCAUGACAGCAGCCCCGUUUCUCAAGCAUGCAGCACUGACACCGGCUCAGAAGGAGUAUCUGUACACCAUCGCAGCUUCCUACAGCACGGCACACGUCCGUAACCUCAUCACCCAACACUACAUGAACGUGCUGCACAGGUGUAUACCGACAGGCUCCAAACCUGAAAGAGACCACCUCGAUGUGACUUCAAUUACUUUACCGACGACUAAUGUGAGUGUUAAACCUCGACUGGAGGUUCCAGCUCGGCCCAAACAGGAGAAGAAGAUAAAUGCUGGUGCGAGGAAUCAUGGGAAAUCCUUUCUUCCGAAAAUCCCAAACAGACGAACGAGACUUUCCAACACGUCAGCCUCAAAGCAAAGAAAGAUGACGAAACAUACAACAUCAUCACCCACACUGAAGAGGAAAAGUCCAAGAAGAGCCAGGAUCACACUGUUGGAGGAUAAAGAUGAGGAAGAGGAAGGACUGAACGACUCUCUGAGUGACUGUCUGAGCUCCCUCUCUAUGGGAGAAUGGGACGAUGACACUUUCUCCGAUUUAUGACAUUUCUAUGAUCACAACAUAUGAAAUCUAAUUAUGAUAAUGACUUCAUAGUUCCAGAUAACUGUGUUUUGAUGCCACACACUGGCAGCAAGAAGAAACUUUUUAAAGACUUUAUUUCCAGGAAGUCACAUGGUUGGAAUUACAACUCACUCAUGCAUUCAGGAGGACUUCAACAAAGAAAAGCAUUCAUUGAUCUGAAAAUAAAGAUCUGACAUAUCUUGGACUGCAGCUGUGUGUCCUGUAUACUGUUAUGGUCCAUAACAGUUCUGGUUAUUUAUCAUGUAUUGAUAAUAUUUAGUGACAAUAGCCAUGAUUUUCAAAAUACUGUGUUGAACUAUACAGAGCAUAAUUUACUGAAUAUAAAAUACUAAUUUACAUGAUCACACUAAUGAAAACUAAUUGUACUAAACAUGUUUGGUUGUAACAGUCUGAUCCUGGAAUACUUUAAAAACUUUAAAAUACUUUUAAAGACUUUAAACUCUAAAAAUGUAUUAUUCCUCUAAAAAACAUAAAUUGUCUAAUUGCCAGAAACAACUCUGAAGCCAUGUCUGUGUCUGUAUCUCACACUUGUUUUCCCUGUUAAAAGUUUUUUGUGGGCAAGUUUUUCCUCACUCGACCUGAGGCUCUAAGGACAGAGGGCGUCACUCGAUUUGAUUAAUUACUUAUUUACACACCGUUUUGGACAAAGCUCUUUAAUUCCAGUAUUAUUUCAGAUGACAGCGUGCUUUCCUGUUUCAACAUCACAGCCCUCUGAACUGAAACUGAAACUGAAACCAGGGGAGUGGAGACUGGUCUGUGGUCUGGUCAAUGACCGUCUUGAGCUUUACCAACAUUGGCAGCGAGCUGGGGGAAGAUCCGGGGAGUAACUUUCCUAAUGCUUGUAUGUCUAUGUGUUAUUUAAGACAGAACAACAGCUGGAGUGAAAUGAGAUCUUUAUUUUGGGGUGAAACGAGUGAAAAAAGGCUGACUACAUGAAGCUAAAGGCCUGUUGGUUACAUGUACGGGACAUGACGAGGGCGAAAAUAACAAAACAAAAGAAGAAAUUCAAAGAAAAUGGCACCAAAUAUUUCUUUUGAUAACAAAUAACAUGUGACAUUAUUGCAUUCUCUACAGUUACCAAAUGACAGCUCGGAUACAA